AUGAACAGUACUGAAUAUAUUGUUGACUCUCCAAAAGCUUCUUAUAGAGAUAUUAAAAAACAAUAUUUUGAUAAAAUUAAUAUAUCUUUAAAAGACUCUCAAAUUGAAGAUGAAGAAUUUUUAUGUCCUGCUCCAACAAUAGAAAAACCAAGAACAAUAUCAAAACCAAUGAGAAUUCCUAAAGAUAAAAAUUCAUUAGGAGAUGAUGUAUUAAAAUAUAUGUUAAAAGGAAGUGAUGAUGAGGUAAGUUGUUCUCCUCCUUCAAAUUUUAAAUUUUAG